AUGGUCGUGAAGUUGCGCAAGAAGGGCUGUCCACCGGAAACGGCGCAGGAGCUUGCGGUUCUGGUUUUGUACGACUUGGUUAUUCUGCUUGACGAUAGUCACUCGAUGGUCACCGAAGCUGGUGGCACACGGAUAGCGACAUUGUUCAAAGUACUGAAAGCGGUCGUGGAAGUCUACCAGCUGGCCCGAGAUGGGGGAGUUGUAUCCGUCCGGUAUCUCAACGGUCGGCAGGGGCACAAAGACAUCACUAAAAAUAAGAUGGAGGUGGUACAUGCCACCAUUCGGUAUACUGGUAUCACCAUGCUCGGCACACAGUUGCGGAAAAAGAUCUUGAAACCGUUUGUCGAGCAGAAACAGAUGCGGAAACCUUUACUAUCUCUAAUAUUAACUGACGGCAAUAUCGAGGGUGAAAGGAAGGGACUUCUGGAGAAGAAUAUCUACAAUUGCCUGGCUAGGCUGCAAAAGGAUGCAGAAAAGACAGAGGACGCGGUGGCUUUCAUGUUCGCGAGGAUCGGAGAAGAUCCCGAAGGCAAGGAGCUCCUGGAGGAGCUGGAUGACCAUCCAAUAAUGGGCAGCUGGAUUGACUGUCUGCCUGGUGCGUUGUGA